CCACCCUCAUAGAUCCCUCUCUCUCUCUCUCUCUCUCUCUCUCUCUCUGUUCUCUCUCGGCAACGGCGAGUCACCCACCACAGUACGCCGACGGCAGUGGAGCUCAGCUAAUCUCAGUCUUAAGCAUCAUAUUCAGGGAUUACACAGAUUCUCAAAAUUGGAUCUUGAUGAAGACUUUGCUAGUGUGUUAUGAACAAAUAUUGACAAGAUUUGGCACUGAAAUGAAACAUUUUUGGAGUUGUGUUUAGGAGACAUACACAAAUUUCUACCCUAAACCCAAAGAAAUAAUAUAGUGCUUUCUUUAGUUCUUUACCGAGACGAAAACUGAGAAAAUAGGUUUCACCGAAACGCUGCAGCAUUUGAGACAAUUGGAUUCUGUUCAACUCAUAUUAUCAUUGAAAAUGGCACAAGUUUUCAGUUCUACAGCUAUAACACAGUUGUCUCAGAUGUUUUUUGUAGCAGUAAUAUUCUUUCAUACUUCUGAGUACCUAUUAGCAGUUGCCUUUCAUGGUAGACCGAAUGUUACACUCGGAUCUCUUCUCAUAAGCAAAGGCUACAUUUUCGCGAUGGUUUUCUCGAUGUUGGAGUAUGUUGUUGAGAUCCUUUUAGUCCCCGAGCUGAAGGAACAUUGGUGGAUUUGCUACACUGGGCUCGUCAUGGUUGUUAUAGGAGAAAUCAUACGUAAAAUGGCGAUCAUAACAGCUGGUUAUGCCUUCACACAUCUUAUCAGGACUAAUCGUGACGAGCAUCACGAACUAAUUACACACGGAGUCUACAGAUUUGUUCGUCAUCCAGGAUACACCGGUUUUCUUAUUUGGUCAGUUGGUACUCAAAUAAUGCUUUGUAAUCCUUUGUCGACGAUUGGAUUUGCAAUUGUUGUUUGGCGAUUCUUUUAUCGACGGAUUCCAUACGAAGAGUAUUUCUUGAGACGGUUCUUUGGCUCGCAGUAUGAUGAUUAUGCUCGACGAGUUUGUUCAGGAGUGCCAUUUGUAAAGUGAUUUUCAAUGAGAAUUUAUGCAUAGCUGAGUUGAAAGAGCUAAAACUUCUUACUUUGUUAAGAAAUGCCAAACUUAAUGAAGUUUAUUAACAUAAGUUGGUAGAAAUGGUAUUAUGUUUCAUCACUCCAAUUGCUUCAAAAACAAAAUAUAUUAAUUCAAGUAAAAUCUUAUUUUUUCUCAA